GUUAAAUUUGUUCAUAGAAGGAUCCAACACACCUCAGAGUCAGCAAAAGAUGAGUUGCAGGAGAGCCCAGUUGGGAGUGUCUGUAAUGAAAAGGACUCAUUUGGACCUUCCCCCUUCAGCAUUGAUGAACUAUGGUGAACUGAACGUUCUAGAUGACAUUUUGACUGAUGCUCCUGACCAAGAUGAUGAGUUGUAUAACCCCGACAGUGAGCAAGAUAAAAGUGAGAAAAAGGGAUCGAAAAGGAAAGCUGACAGGAUGGAAAAUGCUGAAAGUAAGAGACAAAAACCUUCUGUGCAUUCAUCAAGGCAGAUGAUGCCAAAGCCUCCUACUUCUUCAGUUAGCAAUAACAAGAGAAUAGUGAGUACAAAAGGAAAGCCAGUAUCAGAAUACAAGAAUGAGGAGUAUCAGAGGUCCGAUAGAAGCAAGCGCCCAGAUGGUGAUCGAAAGACACGCAUAUCGGGCAGUUCCAGGGAACCUUAUAAAGGACAACCAGAAAAAACUUGCAUGAGGAGGAGGGAUAUUGACAGAAGGGCGAAGUCUUCUACACCAGAUGGUUCAGAGAGAAUCAGGCAUGAUGUGGAUAGAAGACCAAGCAGGUCCAGCCAUUCUUCUAAAGAAGAGGUGAACUCUGAGGAGUAUUGUUCAGAUCAUGAGACUGGCAGUAGUGGUUCUUCUGAACAAGGCAAUACGGAGAAUGAGGAGGAAGGAAUGGAAGAAGAGGAAGAUGAUGAAGUGGAGGAGGACGAAGAGGUAGAAGAAGAUGGGGAGGAGGAUGAAGAAGAAUAUGAACAUGAUGAGAGAGAUCAGAAGGAAGGAAAUGACUAUGACACACGAAGUGAAGCCAGCGAUUCUGAUUCUGAAUCCGCUUCUUUCACAGAUGGAUCAGUCAGAUCUGCGUCUGGUUCAGAUGCAUCAGAUGAGAAAAAGAAGGAAAGGAAGAGAGCUAGAGGUAUCUCUCCAAUUGUUUUUGACAGAAGUGGAAGUUCUGCAUCAGAAUCAUAUGCAGGUUCAGAAAAGAAGCAUGAGAAAUUAUCAUCUUCCGUUCGUGCUGUCCAAAAAGACCAAACAAGUAAACUUAAAUACAUUCUUCAAGAUGCAAGAUUCUUUCUCAUCAAGAGUAAUAAUCAUGAAAAUGUAUCACUUGCUAAAGCAAAGGGAGUAUGGUCAACACUUCCAGUGAAUGAAAAGAAGCUGAAUGCUGCAUUUAGAUCAGCGAGGAGUGUUAUUUUGAUAUUUUCUGUAAGAGAGAGUGGCAAAUUCCAAGGAUUUGCAAGGCUGUCUUCAGAGUCCCAUCAUGGAGGAUCACCUAUACACUGGGUACUGCCUGCAGGAAUGAAUGCAAAAAUGUUGGGAGGUGUCUUUAAAAUUGACUGGAUUUGCAGGCGUGAGUUGCCGUUCACAAAGUCUGCACACCUGACCAAUCCUUGGAACGAACAUAAGCCAGUAAAGAUUGGACGUGAUGGACAGGAAAUUGAGCCGGAAUGUGGAACCCAACUUUGUCUUCUCUUCCCUCCUGAUGAAAGUAUUGACUUGUAUCAAGUCAUUCAUAAAAUGAGGCACAAGAGAAGAAUGCACUCACAACCCCGAUCAAGAGGACGCCCGUCCCGUCGAGACCCUGUUCGGGACGUGGGAAGGCGUCGGCCGGAAGAUUAUGAUAUUCAUAACAGCAGAAAGAAACCAAGGAUUGACUAUCCCCCUGAGUUUCACCAAAGACCAGGGUAUAUAAAGGAUCCCAGAUAUCCUGAAGUAGACAGACGAUUUUCAGGAGUUCGACGAGAUGUAUUUUUAAAUGGGUCCUACAAUGAUUACGUGAGGGAAUUCCACAACAUGGGACCACCACCACCAUGGCAAGGAAUGCCACCGUAUCCAGGUAUGGAGCAGCCACCACACCACCCUUACUAUCAGCACCAUGCACCUCCACCUCAAGCUCACCCUCCAUACUCAGGACAUCAUCCUGUACCGCAUGAAGCAAGAUACAGAGACAAACGAGUACAUGACUACGACAUGAGAGUAGACGACUUUCUUCGCCGCACGCAAGCAGUUGUCAGCGGUCGGAGAAGCAGGCCUCGGGAGAGGGACCGAGAGCGGGAACGGGACCGUCCUAGAGAUAAUAGAAGAGACAGAGAACGUGAUAGAGGCCGUGAUCGGGAAAGAGAGAGAGAGAGGAUUUGUGACCGGGACAGAGACAGAGGUGAAAGGGUUUCACAUGGUUCAGUGAGAGAAUGCUGCUAUCAAGUAUGCAAAUAUUGAAGUAUGAUUUUUUUUUUUCACUGUAUGGCAGUGUUGUAGCAGCCCUUUUUUUCCUCUUUUUUUUUUUCCCCCCCUUCCUCCCUGUUUUUUAACCCUAUCUGUAAAGUCAAGUGUUUUUUCUGUCUUCAGUAAUUAAAGCAAUAUUAAGAAGACACUAUUGAUACAUAAUUUUUAACCUUUUUUAAAAAUCUUCCCAUGUUAAGCAACAUUUUUGGUCAAUUCUCUUGUCUAGUCUCCUUCCAAAAUGUACACAUUGCUUGGAAUGUUCACAACCUGCGUGUGUGGAACCAGAAAAUAUUGCUGUAUCUACGUUGCUGCCAUUUUUUUUUUAUAAAAAUAAAUUGUUAAUUAUUGAAA